CUCCUGUCCUAUCACUCAAGUUGCCCGGCAUCGCAUCUAUUGAAUCCUCUAUCACCAUCAUCAUCUUCUUCUUCGCCUGACCCCUUUUCUCCCGUCACGCAGAAAUCUUCCACUGAUCAUAGAACAAACUCGAAUAGUGGCAUGGCGAGUCGAACUGCGGAUCAAAUUCCUCCGGUAUCAUCAUCACCUUUGCCGCCUCUACCACCAUAUCCAUAUUUCCUACCACCUCCACCACCGGCAUCGUUCGUACCACCCCCUCCACCGCCUGUAUUUGCAAACGGGACAUUCAAGACAGACUCGGCGGCCUAUGUUGGUGCUCACAAGGAAUCUCUUGAAAAUGAACAAGAAGAACUACGAGAAGCACGAGAUGAAUACACUGGCUGCCGGUUUCGUCUACAGCCAAAGCGGAUGAAUCUCCGUAAACUACGAGAAGAGACUGGAUCCAAGUACGGAUCCGCCGUAGAUAAAUUUCGCCAUUAUCUUCAUACGUUACCUAUCGAACUGCCACCCGGCAUUCAGGUUGCAUUCGACCAAGCAUCUAUCUCAAGAGAUACCCUUGCGUUAUUUGAAGCUGAAUACGAUGAGGCCGAGGAGUUAUACAACCGCCUGGAAUGGACGUACACGCAAAAGGAGACAAAGUUUGUGGAUCGAUUACCUGGCAGUAUCUCUAUGCCAAACACGGCACCCCAACACGAUGCACUGAACUCCGAGAUGGAGUGUUUGACGCGUUUUGCAGUUGGGAGCCUGGAGGAUACGAAUUUUUCGGAUAUGAUUAGGGAUGCCGAUUUAAGGACGCCUUCAGUCUCAGGUUUUCUACCGGCCAAUCAGUCGGGGUUCACAUCUGAACACAUGAGCUUGCGCCAGGGCAUCCCUAACAUUAAUGACUCAUCCAAACAAAGCGACGAAAUUGAUCUUACUCCGUCAGAAGUUAAUUGGAUUGAAAAAAGGGAGCGCAUUGAUGCAUGGCUUCUGCACAUGCUAUCUUGUUCGCCUCUCCAGAAAGUACACCUUAAAGCAAUCGGAGAGCCAACCGAUCUGAGUGAUCAAGCCUGGUGGGACACACUGAAAGAGAACUGGGGCGUCGGCUUACUAGAUGGACCAGCCUUCCAUACCGGCGACUCCACCAUCACACAUAGCCUCACUGAUUAUCGAAACAUGACUGUGUCUGAGACUAUGAACGUAGAAAAUUUGCAAUCAGCAUUUCACCGUUCUACAGCGGGGUCACCAGGUGCAGCGCAUGGCAAAACAACCGAAUCAUGUGUGCAACCAGAGGUGAAACCUUCAUCUGGAUUCCGAUGUGUUGUCUCCCUGGCACAAAACAACGAUGAUGCCGAUGAAGCUACUCAUUCUAUUUCUACCGUUCCAACUAGCACUCAUCGAUCAUUAUCAAUCAGAGAUUGUCACUCCAUGACGACAAUUCACUCCUCCUCUUCGCAAUGUGGACCACAACAGGAUCAUGAAGUACAGAGUUUGGCAUCGGUUUGUAAAACUGAUAUCAACAACACCUCUGGACAGCGAUGCACUACUGGAGGAAUCAAGGAGAGCGUUCAAACCAUCCCGGAACAAAAGGCCACAGAUGAUGAUGACCUUGUCCUACUACCACUUGGGACGAACAUGAACGAUUCCUUGUUGGAAGUGGAAACUCCCCCCCCAAACACCUCAGAACAAACCAUGUUCCUAGAAAGGGUAGAAAAGUCGGGGUAUGGCCGUGAAGAAACUGCUACCACCUCGAUAGAUCAUGUCGACCACGACGUGUCGAGUCUUGACCUAUACCACGGAUCGCUAUCGUCGCGUCCACAUCCUUGCGGACUACAGCAAUCGUACACUUGGCCAUUGUCUCCAUUAACCUUGCGCAGAUGCCCCAUCCCACCACUCACUCGAGCUGGUAUAUAUACGCGAUGGGGCCAAACCUCAUGCCCGUUUCUCCAUUUCCUAGCAAUCCAGCACAACAAGUUCAGCCGUAGCUCUCAGGAUUUCCUAUUCUCUGCCAGUGGUAAACUUCCGAUACGCAUGUCCAGUCCUUUUUCUGACGAUUUGUGUGAUUAGUUUAUGUCGCUAGUGUUGGUACGACUUUGACCUUUAAUUGGACUGUUCCUUCAAGGUGCGAGAAAUUCUCUGGAGUUGGCGAUUUUGAUACAUGCCUGGAUAUCGUCUUCUCAUGUCAUUUGAAUACAUGUUUUUCUGCCACCGCUGGAACCCAGCCGAUGAGACAGGAUAUCACUUUGAAUACAAGCGAGCCAAUUUAGGAGGCUAAGAAAUUGUUUGGAAGUCAGGAAGUUACAUCAUUAAGCUUUGGUCUUAUCCCGGAUCCACGGGAAUUUUUUCUAUACAAUUCAGGCUUCACUUCUGGAUCUGCCAAUCCUGGAUAGAUCCUGAUAGGAUUAUCUCUGUCUGUACCCUGACAGCAGU